AUGGAUAAUGCCAAUCUAAAGGUUAACAAAAUAGUAGGAAACCCCGAUCGUUCGGUAGAUGACAUGUGGACCAGCAACGAAUGUUCUCGAUACUACCUCUGCUUGGAGGGAGAGGUGUUUGAAUUCCAGUGCUCUAAAGGACUAUUGUUUGAUGUCAACCGGCAGUUAUGUGAUAUGCCGCAAAAUGUUCACAACUGCGACGUAACAACAGAGACGCUUAUACCAAAACCGCAGUUAGAAAAUGCUAAAUGCGCGAACGCAACCCAUCUGGGAUGCGCUAACGACAUGUGCUUGCCCGCUGAAUACUUCUGCGACGGUGCCUUCGACUGUGAAGAUAACUCAGAUGAGGGUUGGUGUGACGUCACCUACGAUCCCAACGCUGCUCUUCCUUGCGAUCCCGGAUUAUGUCUUUUACCGGAUUGUUUUUGCACAAAACACGGCAACGAAACACCCAACCACAUAGUUCCGAGUCAGACACCCCAAAUGAUCACACUAACUUUUGACGGUGCUGUAAACCAUGAGAACUGGGAUAUAUAUACAAGACAACUCUUCACAUUGGACAGAACUAAUCCCAACGGAUGUCCUAUAAAAGCUACAUUCUUCGUAUCACAUCCGUACACCAAUUAUAGACACGUACAGAAACUAUGGAACGACGGUCACGAAAUCGCUGUUCAUUCAAUCACCCAUCGUGGUCCAGAGGAAUGGUGGUCCAAAAACGCUACAGUCGAAGAAUGGUUUGACGAAAUGGUCGGACAAGCAAAUAUAAUAAACAGAUUCGGCAAAGUUUGGAUGGAAGACUUCAGGGGUCUAAGGGUUCCGUAUCUGUCUGUGGGUUGGAACAGACAGUUUCUGAUGAUGCAAGAAUUCGGGUUUGUUUACGAUGCUACAGUUGUAGCACCAGCGGUUGACCCGCCUUACUGGCCGUAUACUCUGGACUACAAAAUGCCUCACUCUUGUACUGGAAAUAAUCAGUACUGUCCAACAAGAAGCUAUGCAGGCCUUUGGGAGAUGGUCAUUAACCCGCUAAUUCACGGAAAACAUGUUUGUGCUACAUUAGAAUACUGUCCAACCACUCUCAACGGAGAUGACAUAUAUCAGAUUCUGAUGAAUAACUUCAAAAGGCAUUAUUUAAAAAAUAGAGCUCCGUUUGGAAUACAUCUGAACGCGACUUGGCUAAAAAAUAAUGAAUAUUUGACAGCUUUCAAGAAAUUCACAGAUGAGUUGCUAAAACUCGAUGACGUUUACUUUGUGACAUAUCGCGAAGUCAUUGAUUGGAUAAGAAGACCAACGCCAGUGUUGCAACUAAAGAAAUUUCAACCAUGGCAGUGUAAUAAUAAACAAUUCCAGGAAUCUGAUAUUGCUUGCAGCAAACCCAAGACUUGCAAACUACCCUCGAAAGUUCUAGAACAUGAUAAAUAUAUGAUAACUUGCAUGGAUUGUCCAAAGAGUUAUCCGUGGAUUAGAAAUGAGUUUGGUUUAGAAUAG